AUGGAUGGUUUUGAAGACAGUGGAGGUGAAAACAGAAGUCAACGCUUAGCAGAUAAAGAUAGGGUAUUUAUGGCAAGAGGCAUUCACAAAAAAUUGAAACAACCAUUAACGUAUUACUUUAAUAGUGGUGGCAUGAAAUCUGCAGUCCUGACAAAAGCAAUAAAAGAUAUGAUACGUUCUGCAAGAUCAUCUGGAUUAAAAAUGGUUGCCACAGUUUUUGACCAGGGUGGCCCAAACAGAGCAGCAAUAAAUUCUUUGUACGAAGAGACAAAGAGAAAUUUUGCAUUGCAGGGCAAAGAAAAUCAUGGUUUUGGUUUUUUCAUUGAUGAUGAAGAAGUUGUUCCUUUAUAUGAUCCACCUCAUCUGUAA